GCUUGGAGGGGUUCUCUCUGUGGGAGCACGCCGGGGCCCCUGCGUGCAGGGCACUAGAGAUUGUCAGGGGUGGAGGUGAGGCACUAGAAGCAAAGCAAGCUUGCAGCACAGCUGGAAGACACAGCAGGCUCUGCACUGAGGAAGCCUUUUGAAAAGCUCAGUCAGGAGCUGGAGAGAAGGCUGGCUCAGGAUGAAUGAGCUGAAGCUCGCUGUGCUGGGCAGUAGAGGAGCCGGCAAGUCUGCCCUAACAGUGAGAUUCCUAACCAGGCGUUUCAUUGGAGAAUAUGCUUCUAAUUCUGAGUGCAUCUACACUAAACAUUUGUGUCUGGAUGGGAGGCAAAUGAACUUGGAAAUUUAUGACCCUUGUUCACAGCCACGACAGGGGAAGCUGUCCCUCACUGAUGAACUCCACUGGGCUGACGGAUUUGUCAUUGUGUAUGACAUCAGCGAUAGAGCUUCCUUUGCCUUUGCAAAGGCAUUGCUAUACAGGAUACGAGAUUCCCACCUGGCAGCUUGCAAAAGAGUGGUAGAGUCAGCUGUAUUCUUAGUUGGUAACAAGCAGGAUCUAUGCCAUAUGAGAGAAGUAGGCUGGGAUGAAGGACAAAAGCUGGCAAUGGAUAACAAAUGCCAGUUCUGCGAACUGUCUGCAGCCGAACAUUGUCAGGAAGUGAUGACCAUGUUCACAAAAGUCCUAAGAACCAUCAUCACAAACUUCAAAGUGAAGGAAAAGAGACGACCCAGUGGUUCAAAGUCAAUGGCCAAACUAAUCAACAACAUGUUUGGGAAGAGGAGGAAGUCUGUGUAGUGGAUGUCCUGGCCCAUGGAAACCAUUGAACAAUGAUACACUGAAAUAUUGCAACAGUGGGCCAUAUGCAAUGCUUGGACUCAGCAAAUGAGUACAUGUGUUUAAAAGGUCUCCAUCUGAAGGGAUGAUAUGUCACUACAAACCAAAGAUGAUUGGCGGUAUGGGCCAAUAGACAGAGUACUGCACUGGGAUUCAGAAGACCUGGGUUCUAUUUACAGCACUACCCUGGACCGUGGCAAGUUUCUUCAUCUAUCUGAGCCUCUGUUUCCCCUUUCAACCUGUGUCUUGUCUAUUUAGAGUGUAAGCUCUUAAAAGGACUGUCUUUUACUACCUUGUAGAGUGCCUACCAACAAUGGGGCCUUAAUCUUGGUUGUAGAUUCUAGGUAUUACUGUAAUAUUAAUAAUUUUUUCCAAUGAACUCAGCCUCUCUGUGCCUUGCUGAACAAUAGCCCAACUUCAGAAUUCCAAGAUUUAUCUGUAACAGCAAUUGCACUAAUUGAAACCAGGAUUGGUACUUUGUGAUGUUGCACUUGUAAGUAAAUGGGUGGAGGAUAAUUAAUGCCUGACUUUCAGGGCUUUCUUUCCCUGAAAAGCUGCCAAGAGUAGGGAAUCAGAUAAAUGAGGUCAUCAGCUGUCUCGCAUUUCGGUAUUCCUGCUGGAGCUUGAUGGGAAGAAGUAUGGUCCAGUGGAUAGGAAACUGGAAUGGGAGUUAAGAGCCUUGGGCUCACUUUGGCUCUGCCAUUGACUUGCUGUGUGACCUUGGACAAGGUCUUUUUGGGUGAAAUUUACUCCUAUGCAUCAAUUUGAUCUUCCCUGGCCACCUGGGUAUUUGAAUCCAUGAUUUCACACUUCAGAGGUGGAAGCCAAUCCCUUACACCAUCUUUCACUCCUAUGUAGCUGGCCAGUACAGCCAAUGUACUACUGAAAUCCAACUUAAGAACUCAGGCCAAGAUUGUCAAAAGUAUUUAGGCACCUAACUCCCAUGGAUCUCUGCCCUUAAUUUGGUCCUCUGCAUAGGGGUGAUUUUCACCCUCCAUGCCUCAGUUUUCUUAUCAGCAAUAUGGGUAAAAUGAUUUUUUAUGUAGUCUAUUUUAUUUAGGAGUAGGAUCUGAAAAGCCCCUAAGUAAGGAGCACAAGUCUGACUGGGUUUCAGAGUCAGACUUUCAAUGGACUUUGGUCCUAACUGCCAUGCUCAUUUUAAAACUUAUAUUCAUCACCAUGGUAAUGAAAUGCCUUUGUAAAGCACUUUGAUUUGUAUAGAUAGUGCUAUAGAAGUGUCUUAUUAUUUUUUCCCACACAGGUGCUGAACAUUAGGCACAGGAGUCUAAAUAUUUAAGCAACAGAAAAUCAGGCUCCUUACUGCAUACUUAGGCACCCAUGUCUGAAUGUUUCUGCUUGUACAAAAAUUAUGAAAGGAAAGGUAAGUGGUCUGAAGAUGACUGACUUUCUCCCAUACUGGUUCCAACUAGGGUGACCAGAUAUCCCAAUUUUCAUAGAAUCAUAGAAUCUCAGGGUUGGCAGGGACCUCAGGAGGUCAUCUAGUCCAACCCCCUGCUCAAAGCAGGACCAAACCCAACUAAAUCA